CUCCGUAGCAUCCUACGUGCAGCUACCGUCUCUGCCUCUGGGAGUUGAAGUUUCCGAAACAGGACCUUCUGGAGUGGUAAAGACCGCUCUGAAAAGCGUGCUCUCAGGUUCCCCGACAACUUCUCCGCUCGAGAUUUAUUCUACGGAAAUAAGUUACUGGAUGAAAGAGUAUCAACAUUUUAGAGCUCUUGAAACAUAUAGAUCUGUGUAGCCUUCUGGAAAAACUGUGCCAUGACUGCCAAUAAUAAGCAUCAAAUAAUGUCAUCUGAAAUGUUACCAGCAGUUAGUGGGACUUCUAAUGAUGAAAAAAAACAAGACUUAAGUGAAGACCAGGAGGAGAACCAGAAGCCAGGAUUAGGUGAAAGGUUUGAACCCAUAUCUAAAAGGCAAAUGAAGAAGCUCAUGAAACAGAAACAAUGGGAAGAGCAACGAGAACUCCGCAAACAAAAGCGGAAGGAAAAACGCAAGAGAAAGCAGUUAGAGCGACAGUGUCAACUGGAAUCAAAUACAGAUGGAAGUGACAGAAAACGUAUUCGAAGAGACGUUGUUCACAGCACACUCCGCCUUAUCGUUGACUGCAGUUUUGACAGCUUGAUGGUACUAAAGGACAUUAAGAAACUUCAUAAGCAGAUUCAACGAUGUUAUGCAGAAAAUCGACGAGCACUGCAUCCUGUUCAGUUUUACUUGACAAGCCAUGGAGGCCAAUUGAAAAAGAACAUGGAUGAAAAUGACAAAGGAUGGGUCAACUGGAAGGACAUCCACAUCAAACCAGAGCACUAUAGUGAAUUUAUAAAGAAAGAAGACCUGAUUUAUCUUACAUCAGAUUCACCUAAUAUACUAAAGGAAUUAGAUGAAUCAAAGGCCUAUAUAAUUGGAGGAUUAGUAGAUCACAACCAUCAUAAGGGACUCACAUAUAAACAAGCAUCUGAUCAUGGAAUUGAUCAUGCACAGCUCCCCCUUGGAGAUUUUGUGAAGAUGAAUAGUAGAAAAGUUUUGGCAGUUAAUCAUGUGUUUGAGAUUAUUCUGGAAUACUUGGAAACAAGAGACUGGCAAGAAGCAUUUUUCACUAUCUUACCCCAAAGGAAAGGAGCUGUUCCCACAGACAAAGCCUGUGAAAGUUCUUCACAUGACAAAAAAUUAGCCCAAGUUGAAGAUGGAUUGAACAGUGAUUCCAGUGAGGAGGAAAAUAGUACAAAUUUACUAGAUUCACCACAUGAGGAAGAAAAACAGGAUAAAGAAAACGGCACUGAACCUACAGUGAACUCUAUACCACACUAAUGUCAUCUUUUUUUUUUUUAAGUUUAAAGAAAAAUUAGGAGAAAAUGAGGUACUUCAUAGACUAUUUGAAAUGGGAGAAAAUUUCAUUUUCUCUUGUGAAUUUUUAAAACUUUUAAGUGAUAAAAAGCCCUUGUAAGAAAGCAUUUUUUUUGUUUUUACGUAAGAUUUAAAUGUGUAAUUUAAAAAAGGCUUUUCUAAACCUCAAGUAAGCAUUUCUUGAGAAUUUUACUUUAUUAGUAAACCUUCAUUCUCUUUUAUUUACCAGAUUAUAUUCUUCAGAAUGUGCCUUCUGACCUUUCAGUUUUAUUAUUAUGUAUUUGUAGCAGUGUCUUUCUGAUUUAUUUCGUACUUAUUUGUGGAGGCAGAUAUCCUGAAUCUCCUUUAAGUCUACCAUAAUGUUCUGUAUGGGAGGUUACUAUCUAUCUGCAGCUUUAUAUUCAAUUUAGUGACUUCAAAGGAAUAUAGUGAUUUAGGAAGAAGUAUCAGAUUGAUAAACUCAACUCUUUCUUUUGAACGAUGGAUCCCAUCUCUGUUCCUUCUUUGUGAUGCCUUUGUGGUUCUCAAGCAAUUACUGAAGAGAUAAGAAUCUCUUUAAUAUAUUUUCUUAAUUUCAAUAAUGGUGAUAAAUUAUUUUGAUUACAAAAUUUAAGUUUUCAGGCUAGAUUAUUUUAAAAGGCUGUUGAAGGAUCAAUUUUGUCAUUACCUAAAUUUAAAAAGAAACAACUCUUAGCACCUAUCGUUUCCUUCCAUAUAUACUUUUCAAAAAUAAAAUAUGUUGGUUCUUAAAGUAGAUAAAGUUAAAUUCAUAUGUGCCUACUAUCAUAUAAUGAUCUUCAAGCUAAUGGAAAUAUAUGUCUAUAAAUAAUAUAAGCAUGUAUGAAAUAUGCAUAUAAUUGUAUAUACAGCUAUUACUCCACAUCAUGUAUGAUUCUCAGUUACUAAUUGAUAACAGGAUAGAGUUGCCAUAUAUCUGUAUUAUUUGUGUGAAUGACUGUGUUGCAAAACACUAAGGAACUUUAACUUUAUACAGUGCAAAAAUCCAUAACUAAACAUUUGUAGGAGGACAUUGGCAAAGGAAGAUGGGGCUAGAAGAUGUUUUAGUUUUCAGUAAAUGUAGAGCAUUUAUGUUUAAAGUAAAGUGAUUGUUCUUUGUCACAGUUCAAGUAGCAUUUCAGAAGCUUUACUGAGUUUGGAUAAGUUAAGUGUCUGUUCUUUUUACUCAUUGGCAUCUCAGAUUAUGUACACUUGGUAGAAAGUUCAUCGAAUUUAAUAUUGAUGUUCACUAUCUCUUAUGUUGCUUUAUUCUUAGUAAUCUAUUAUACUUAUCCAUUUAAAGGUCUGUCAGCAUCGUAUGUAAAUAAAGAAAAGCCCUCACAAUUGUAGAACAAAGCUUAUGUCUUAAGUUGUACUCUUCAAAGUUCCAGGUUUUUGUGAGUAAAUAUAGUUAGUAGCAUGGAGUAUUAUGUCUUUUAUUUAAAUUCCAUAUGGAAUUAAGGCACAGUUUAAUAUUGAAAUGUGGGGGAAAACCAUUACAAGCACUGUGUAGUUUAAUUUUCACUAAUUAUCAAAGUCCUGUAUCUGUUUCCUAGGGCUGCCAUAACAAAUUACUGCAAAUCAGUGGCUUAAAACAACAGAAAGUUAUUCUCUUACAGUUUUGGAGACUAAAAGUCCAGAAUUGAGGUGUUGGCAGAACCAUACUCCCUCAGGAGGCUAUGGGGAAGACUCCUCCCUAGCCUCUUCUGGUUUCUGGUAAUUGCCAGCAAUCACUGGUGUUCCUUAGCUUGCAGCUGCCUCACUCGUCUUUGCUUUGUCAUCACAUGGACUUCUACCCUCUGUCUUUUGUGCUGGUAUCUGAGUCCUUCUUUUGAGGAUACCAAUCAUUGGAUUAGGGUUCCCUGUAAUCCAGUGUGACUUCAUUUUAACUUCGUUACGUCUAUUUUCAAAUAAGGUCACAUUUAUGGGUACCAGAUAUUAGGGCUUGAACAUAUCUUUUGGGUAGGUACAAAUAUGUCCACUCUAAGUCCAUAUCGAAUUUGCACUGUUGAUAACAAGAAGGAAUAGAUUACAGUUGGAAAUGACUCAUUUCUGAGGCAUUUAAAUUUUGGGUUUUUUUUUUUUUAAAUAAUUGCAAUCUUUUUUCUUAUUUUAACGUGUUCUAUUCUCUCAACAUUGUUUUGGUUUAUUUGAGGUACUUUAUUUAAAAACUUAAGUAAUAUUACAGUCACUUGUAUUAGAACAUAGUAAAGGUAGGGAAUUCAGUUAGAACUUAAACACAUCAAAAGGAGAUACAUUUGCUGAAAUAAUGGGAUUUUCUUUUGUUCAUUUCUUUUUAAUUUUUAAAAAUAUUUUUUACUGAAGUAUAGUUGAUUUACAAUGUUUCAGAUGUACAGCAAAGAGAUUGAGUUCUACAUAUAUAUAUAUAUGUAUAUAUGUAUGUGCUUUUUCAGAUUAUUUUCCAUUAUAGGUUAUCAUAAGAUAUUGAAUAUAUAUCCCUGUGCUAUACAGUAGGGCCUUGUUGUUUAUCUAUUUUAUAUAUAGUAAUUUGUAUCUGCUAAUCCCAACCUCCCAAUUGCCUCCCCCUACUCUCCUUUGGUAACCAUAAGUUGUGUUCUGUCUGUGAGUCUAUUUCUUGUUUUCUAAAUAAGAUACUUGUAUCAUUUUUUCAGAUUCCACAUAUAAAUGAUACCACAUGAUAUUUGUCUGACUUACUUCACUUAGUAUGAUAAUCUCUAGGUCCAUCCACAUCCUGCAGAUAGCAUUAUUUCAUUCUUUUUUGUGGCUGAGUAAUAUUCCAUUGUGUAUGUUCUUUAUCCACUCAUCUGUUGAUGGACACAUCAGUUGCUUCCAUGACUUACUAUUGUAAAUAAUACUGCUAUGAACAUGGGUGCAUGUAUAAUACUGCUACUGUGAAUAAUGAGGGGCAUUAUCUUUUGGUUUAGAGUUUUCACCUUUUUGGGUAUAUGCCUAGGAGUAGGGUUGCUGGAUAAUGUGGUAAGUCUAUUUUUAGCUUUUUAAGGAACCUGCAUACUGUCCUCCAUAGUGGCAGCAGCAAUUUACAUUCCCACCAACAGUGUAGGAGGAUUCCUUUUUCUCCACACCCUCUUUAGCAUUUAUUAUUUGUAGACUUUUUGGUGAUAGCCCUUCUGACCAGUGUAGGAGAUACCUCAUUGUAGUUUUGAUUUGCAUUUCUCUAAUAAUUAGUGAUACCGAGCAUCUUUUCAUGUGCCUGUUGGACAUCUGUGUGUCUUCUUUGGAGAAAUGUCUAUUUAGGUCUUCUGCCCAUUUCUUUGAUUGGGUUGUUUGGUUUUUGUGAUAUUGAGCUGCAUGAGCUGUUUGUGUAUUUUGGAGGUUAAUCCCUUGUUGGUUGCAUUGUUCACAAAUGUUUUCUCCCAUUCUGUAGGUUAUCUUUCUGUUUUGUUUAUGGUUUCCUUUGCUGUGCAGAAGCUUUUCAGUUUAAUUAGGUCCCAUUGGUUUACUUUUGCUUUUGUUUCCAUUACUCUAAGAGACAGAUCCACAAAAAUAUUGCUGCGAUUUAUGUCAAAUUAUGCAGUUUGUGUCGUGCUUCCAAUCCAAGAACGUGGUAUAUCUUUCCCAUCUGUUUGUGUUGUCUUCAGUUUCUUUCAUCAGCGUCUUACAGUUUUCAGAAUACAGGUCUUUUGCUUCCUCUGGUAGGUUUAUUCCUAGGCAUUUUAUUCUUUUUGGAGGGGUGGCGGAUUUAGGUUAUUUAUUUAUUUAUGUAAUGGCAGUACUGAGGAUUGAACCCAGGACCUUGUGCAUGCUAAGCAUGCACUUUACCAUUGAGCUGUACUCUCCCGCAGGUACUUUAUUCUUUUUGAUGCAAUGUAAAUGGGAUUGUUUCCUUAAUUUCUCUUUCUGAUAGUUCAUUGUUAGUGUAUAGAAAUGCGGCAGAUUUCUGUGUAUUAAUUUUGUAUCCUGCAACUUUACCAAAUUCAUUGAUACCUCUAGUAAUAUUCUGGUAAUAUCAUUAGGAUUUUCUGUGUAUAGUAUCAUGUCAUCUGCAAACAGUAACAAUUUUAUUUCUUUUCCUAUUUGGAUUCCUUUCAUUUCUUUUUUUUUUUAAAUUUCUCCGAUUGCUGUGACUAGGACUUCCAAAACUAUGUUGAAUAAAAGUGGUGAGAGUGGACACCCUUGUCUUAUUCCUGAUCUUAGAGGAAAUGCUUUCAGCUUUUCAAUGUUGAAUAUGAUCUUAUCUGUGGGUUUGUCAUAUAUGGCCUUUAUUAUGUGGAGCUAUCUUCCCUCUGUGCCUGCCUUCUGGAGAGUUUUCAUCAUAAACGGAUGUUGAUUUUUCUUUCUUUUUUUCUUUUUUUUUUUUUUUUAGGCCAGGGCAGAGGAGGGUCAAUGUAAUAUAUUCUCAACCCACCCCUUCAUAGGAAGGGAAGUUCUGUCUUGCCACAGUGCCCAACCCAGGGAUGUUUAAUUUUAUCAAAAGCUUUUUCUCAUCUUUUGAGAUAAUCAUAUGGUUUUUAUUCUUCAGUUUGUUACUGUGGUGUAUCACAUUGACUGAUCUGUGCAUACUGAAAAACCCUUGCAUCCCUGGGAUAAAUCUCACUUGAUCAUGAUGUAUGAUCCUUUUAAUGUAUUGUUGGAGUCAGUUUGCUAGUAUUUUGUCAAGGAGUUUUGCAUCUAUGUUCAUUAGUGAUACUGGCCUAUAAUUUUUUUGUGUGUAUGAGUGAUAUCUUUGUUUAGCAUUGCUAUCAGGGUGAAUGCUGACCUUACAGAACGAGAUCAGACAUGCUCCUUCCUCUGCAAUUUUUUGGAAUAGUUUCAGAAGGAUGGGUGUUAACUUUUUUCUAAAUAUUUGGUAGAAUUCACCUGUGAAGCCAUCUGGUCCUGGACUUUUGUUUGUUUUGGGUUUUUAAACUACUGAUUCAAUUUUAUUACUAGUAAUUGUUCUGUUCAUAUUUUCUAUUCCUUCCUGGUUCAGUCUUGGGAGAUUGUGCCUUCCUAAGAAUUUGUCCAUUUCUUCUAGGUUUUCCAUUUUAUUGCCAUAUAGUUGCUUGUAGUAGCCUCUUAGGAUCCUUUGUAUUUCUGUGGUGUUGGUUGUAACUUCUUUUUCAUUUCUGAUUUUAUUGAUUUGGGCCCUCUCCCUUUUUUUCUUGAUGCAUCUGGCUAAAGUUUUGUUAAUUUUGUUUAUCUUAUCAAAGAAACUAAAAACUAGUUCUUUUGACUUUUUAAUGUUUUUAAUCUCUGUUUUAUUUAUUUCUGCUUUGAUAUUUAUGAUUUCUUUCUUUCUGCUAACUUUGGGUUUUGUUUGUUCUUUGUCUAGCUGCUUUAGGUGUAAGGUUAGGUUGUUUAUUUGAGAUUGUUCUUUCCUGAGGUAAGCUCGCAUUGCUGUAAACUUCCCUCUUAGAACUGCUUUUGCUGUAUCCCAUACAUUUUGGAUCAUCGUGUUUUCACUUUUAUUUGUCCCUAGGUAUUUUUUUGAUUUCCUCUUUGAUUUCUUCAGUGAACUCUUGGUUGUUUAGUAGCAUAUCAUUUAGCCUCCAUGUGUUUGUGUUUUUUUGCAGUUUUUUUCUUGUAGGUGAUUUCUAAUUUCAUAGAGUUGUGGAUGGAAAAGAUGCUUGAUAUGGUUUCAGUUUUCCCAUAUAUACUGGGAGUUGUUUUGUGGCCUGGCAUGUGACCUAUCCUGGAGAAUGUUUCAUGUGCACUUGAAAAGAAUGUGUAUUCUGCUGCUUUAGGGUGGAAUGCUCUAUAAAUAUCAAUUAAGUCCAUUUGGUCUCUUGUAUUAGUUAAGACCUAUGUUUUCUUAUUGAUUUUGUUUAGAUGAUCUGUCCAUUUAUGUAAGUAGAGUGGUAAAGGUCCCCACUAUUUUGGUGUUACUGUCAAGGUGUUACUCCCUUUAUGUCUGUUAAUAUUUGCUUUAUAUAUUGAGGUACUCCUAUAUUGAGUGCAUAUAUUUUUUAAAUUGUUAAAUCUUCUUCUUGAAUUGAUCCCACGAUCACUAUGUAGUGUUUCCUUCUUUGUCUCUUGUGUCAGUCUUUAUUCUAAGGUCCAUUGUGUGUUAUAUAAGUAUUGCUAAUCUGACUUUCUUUUGAUUUUCAUUCGCAUGGAAUACCUUUUUCGAUCCCCUCACUUUCAGUCUGUAUGUGUUUCUAGAUCUGAAGUGAGUUUCUUGUAAAUGGCAUUUGUAUGGGCUUGUUUUUGUGUCCAUUUAGUCAGACUGCUGAUAAGACAGAGAAAUAAGAUCUUGUGUGGUUACUGUGUUUUAUGCUAGCAUUGUUUUUUCUGCCUUUUAAAAUGUUUCACUAAAGGAUCUGUGAUUUCUAAACAUUAAUGUGUUCAUUCUGAUAAUUUAGAAAGUCUGAAUAUCUAAAAUCUUAUCUAAGCCUGGGUUCCUCAGAAAGCAGAGUCUGAAACAAAGGCUUAUACAUGACUGCUUUUAGGGGGGCAGGCAAUGUCAAAAAGGGUAAGGAACAAAGAAAAUGAGGCAAAAAAUGAAGGAAAGUCCAUAUGAGAAAGUAUUAUCAAGUUAGCUGCUGUUUGGUUUCAAACCAGUUGACUGCUCAACCCUAAGUGAUGAGAUACUUUGGAUAAUAUUACCAUUUUAUAAAUGAGGAUCCUGAGACUUAGAAAGGUUGAGUUUUAAAAAACUCAAAGCCUAAAUGUAUGCUGUAUUUAAAUAAACCUACUCAGCAAUGUUUAAAAGAAUAGCAAAAGGCCUAUUAGGCUAAUAAUAAAAGAAAAAGAAUACAGAAGUCACAAUUUUAACAUUGGAUAAGGUUCAACACAUUACAAUAAAACAAGGAAAAGAACGCAUGUUGUAAUGUUCAAGAAUGCAAUCCUUAGUGAAGAUGUGAUAGUUCCAAGUAGCAUAGUAUUCAAAUUCAUUGAGAAAAAACUUCAAGAAUUGCAAGAAAUAGUAAGCAAUGCAUUAGUAUAAGGAGACUUUAAUUCACGUUUCCCAACCCGUGACAGCUCGAGUGGACAAAACAUAAAUCUAUGGGAGAUGUAAAUGCUGUAAUAAGACAGAUAUAAUUUCUAUAUAUCCAGUUUUACAGGCUGAAAGCAGUUUUCUACUGCACAAGGAAUGUUAUUAAAAUAUUUAUAUAUUAAAUCACAAAGGAAGAUAAUUUUCAAAAGUAGAAGUAAUCUAGGCAACUUCUCUGAUAAUGAAUACAUUAAAGUAGAAAAUAAAUUGUGGAACAGGAGGAAAGCCUUACCACCUAGAAUCAUAGAAAGUAGUGUUAGAGAUAAAAUUGGUGAUGACUUAAUCAUAAAAUUCUAAACUAUAUUUACACAUCAUUUCAAAAUGCAUGAAUUAAAGUGGACAAAAUUGCAAAUACCACAAAACUACAUCAUCUGUUGUAAUAAUUGGGAAAUUUUAAUUGAUAAAUCAGGCAUAAAGAGAAAAAUUAGUGUAUAUAAGAUUUGAACAGCAGUAAUUAACAAACUUUGUUUAAUGGAUAUAUGUACACCUGUGUGCCCAGCGAUUUUAAAAUUUACAUUAUUUUCAAGUCAUAUGGAACAUUUAUGAAAUUGACCAUAUACUAAGCCUCAAGGCUAUCCACAAGAAAGUCAAAGGAUUGAUAAUUGUUUCAGAUCAUACGAUUUGACCACAAUGCAAUUGAAUUAUAAAUCAUUUAAAAAUAUAACAAUUUUGGGAAACAUCAUAUGUUUGGGAACUUUUUUGAAGAGGCUCAUCUAAAAAACUUUUGAGCCACAGAAGAAAACAAAAAUUAGAAAAUAUUUAAAAUUUAAUGAAACAUUAUGUAUUAAAGCUUGUGGAAUGUAGCUAAAGCAAUUUAGAGGAAAGUUUAUAGCCCAUUUCUUAAGUUAGAAAAAGAAGAAAGACUAGCAUUAUUGAGCUAUGCACUUCCAAGUUGAAAGAGGGAAAUAAAGAUAAAAGCAGCAAUAAUUAAAAGUAAAACACAGUAAAGAGGCUCAAGGCAAAAACUGACUCUUUGAAAAGACUAAUAAAAUAGUCCUUUAAACAACGGAAGAGUUUAAGAAGUAGCAAGAGAAGACAUAUAGAAGUGAAUAAUGGAGAUAUUAAAGUGUAAAUAAAUGGAUAUUACAAAAUACUUUGUGUCAACAUAUUUGAAAGUUUAUGUAAAAUGAAUUAUAAAAAUAAAAAUUACCAAUAAAUAACUCAAAAAUAUUUAAUACCCCAAAGAAUUUUAUAAUUUCAAGUAACUUGAUUUAGUAUAUUAGAAUCCAAGACUAAAUGUUUUAUGGACAUAUCUGUGAGACAUACUGAACGCAAAUAAAUCAUUUUACACAGCUCUUUGUAGAGAAUUAAAAAUAAGGGAACACUCCUUUUAUGAAGCUUGUUAACUGUGCUGUUCAAGCCAUAUAUUUUCCAAUUCAGAUUUUUUUAUUAUUAUAAUAAACACAUAACAUUGAAUUUACCAUCUUAAUUAUUUUUGGGUGUACAGUUCAGUAGUGCUAAAUAUAUUCACAUUGUUGGGGAACAGACAGCUAGAACAUAUUCGUCAUGCAACACUGAAACUCUACAUGCAUUAAAUACAAUUUCCCUUCCUCCUUCCCUCCAGUCCUUGGUAACCACCUUUCUACUUUCUAUCAUUUUGACUGCUUUAGGUACUUCAUGGGGUAGAAUCAUACAGUAUUGUCCUUUUGUGACUGCCUUACUUUGCUUGGCAUAAUGUCCUCAAGGUUCAUGUAAGUUGCAGCAUGGGACAGGAUUUUCCUCUUUUAGGCUGCACAAUAUUCCAGUGUAUGUAUAUAUUACAUUUUCUUUAUUAUUCAUCUGUUCAUGGACAUUUGGAUGGCUUCCACCUCUUGGCUAUUUUCACUAAUGCUGUGAUGAACAUGUGUGUGUAAUUAUCUCUUUGAAAUCGUGCUUUCAGUUCUUUUAGAUAUAUGCCCAGAAGUGGGAUUAGUGAAUCAUAUGUUAAUUCUUUUUAAAUUUUUGAGGAACCUCUAUACUGUUUUACAUAAUGGACGUACCAUUUUACAUCCCCACCAACAAUGCAAAACAGUUCCAAUUUCUCCCUAUCUCACCAAAACUUAUUUUCUGUUGUUUUGAUAGUGACCAUCCCGAUGAUGUAAAGUGAUAGCUCAAUGUGAUCAUGCAAUCAAAAGAUUGCAUUUCUCUGAUUAGUGAUGCUGAACAUCUUUUCAUGUGCUUACUGGCUAUUUAAAUAUCUUAUUGGAGAAAAGUCUUAAGUUUUUUGCUCAUUUUUAAAUUGGGGGUUUUUUUGGCAUUGAGUUGUAGAAAUUCCUUACAUAUUCUAGAUAUUAAUCCCUUGUCAAAUGUAUGAUUUGCAAAUAUUUUCUCCCAUUCCAUAGGUUGCCUUUUUUCUUCUGACACAAAGUUUUAAAGUUUGAUGGUGUUUCAUUUAUCUUUAAUUUUGUUGCCUGUGUUUUUGGUGUCAUAUCCAAGAAAUCACUGUCCAAUUCAAUGUCUUGAAGUUUGUGAAAUAAAAUCACAUUUUAUGGCGAGAUAAUAAGAACUUAAACAUUAAAAAAUUCUUCUCUGCCCUUUGGCCUCCUCUCGCCUCCCACUGUGCACUGUGUAUCUGCAUUAUGCAUCAACCAAACCUCCCCUAUCAGUGGAAAUUCCCCACUCAGCCAUGAAGAGCAACUUCUCCUAAGACAACUUCUUUAAGAUAACAUUCCUUCUUGACCUCAUAAGGGGUCACAUAGCACUUAGAUCUGGAUUAUGUAAACUGUCAACAAAAACUGUAAACUGCCUCAAAAAACAUAACAGUGCCUUGACCUCUAACAGGUGGAAAAGUUCUGAGAGCUUUCUGAGAUGCCCUUCUCAGGUAAUAAUCUUUAAUUUUGGCUUGAAUAAAGUUUUCCAUUUCUUUCUUAUAUCAACUGAUUAAUUUUUCAUUGACAUAUACUUGGCAUAAUCAGCAGGAUAUCAGAGACACCAGCCCGAGGACACCUGGAGUCUACCCAGAACCAGUGCUUGGUACCAGCAUGGGCCCACUGAGCCCCACCGGCUUCUCUGUACUCCUCAGGUGUUCGGGUGAGUUCUCCUGAUAAUUCAGAUCUCAUUAUUUGGGAGAUGAUCCUAAAAAUUUUAUUUGAGAUGGUUUUCACUUAAGACUUGGACUCUUAAGGGGCACCAGUUCAUUUCCAAGGCCAGGACCUAGGAGGGUCUGGCCAAGAGGCCCGGGGAAACAUAGGUGGCUGGGUUUUUGUUAAAUUUUGCUUAAAUUGGAAAAAAAAAAUGAGUUGAUGAAUGGUCUGAACAAAACUUUUGCUGGUGAAAUAAGAGACUGAAUUAUUCAGCUCCAAAGAAUAAAGGGGCAUUUUGCUCCUUCCAGCCACAAGCCAUCCUCAGGUGAGUGAGGACCUCCUAGAAGUGUCUGAGGAUCAAUCCUCAUGAUGUGCUUCACUAUGAACAUUAAGUAAACACUGUUCAUCUAGGGGGCGCAACACAGGCUGAUCACCUAGUGCUUUGAACACCCGUGACAGUGGUUUUAGGUUGUCACAGGGAGAAACUGAGCCAUGUAAAAGUUGAAUUGACCCAAGGGUAGCUCCUUGGGAAGCUAGAUUCAGAAGCAGCACAAGUGCAGUCUGCCACACUGUCCACAAAAAGUUGUUCAGAUCACAUCUCGUAAUUCAUAUCUGAAUUAGGCUGUGAAAUUAAUCCUGGGAAAUUGUGCCUCAAAGGCCAAAUAGCUCCCAUGCAAACCAGCUACCUAUGGGAAUACCAGCUGGGUUUAUGUUAUGCUUGCAAGUACUUAAUUGGAAACUAAUGAAAUCGGGCCCUGAAAUGGCCAAGUGGUUCUUUUGACACUACAAAAUAAUUUUGAGCACACAGUUAAAGCUGGUAGUCUUCUGGAUCUGUGCCUGCAGGGUCUACUGGAAACAAUGGUAAGUGUUUUUCUCUUUUCUAAAUUAGAUUAGCAGGGAAAAAUAUUUGUUGGGCUAGCUCCAUGGAUUCUUUGAAUUAGGGAAACAGCUAAAUUGUUAAAAUUUUAAAGUUCUCAUCUGAAACUGUUGCAUCUCUUUUAACUGGUAUGCAGAAGCCCCAGAAGGCUUCAGAACUUCCAAAAUAGCCUCAAUGAAUGGUUUGUUGUAGAAGGCUAAUGAAAGUAAUGAUAUAAAAGGUACCGAAAAUUUUAAUUACUGCUCCCCUCUAUCCUUUGAGUACUCAUUCUAGUAAUCUUCUGAGUUAGAAAUGGAACCGUGUGAGGCCGUAAUUAUUAGCGAAUAGAGAGACCCCUAAAUUAGGAGUCCCUCCAAAGUGUGGAUCCUUGCUACUGGCUAUCAAAAGAUUUCUCAGCAGAGGCAGAGGGACAAAGUGAAAAAGCUGCACUAUUUCUCAAAAGAGGAAAAGGAAGGACAGUGCUUGAGCUGGGAGAAGAAAAGCCCCUCAAGCUGAGAAAGGAAGCAUUCAAGCAAGGACCUAUUUGGCUGGUAGAGACAGCUUCCACCCAGGUUGGGCCACACAGACCUGUAUGGGAGGCUUUCUUUACCAUCCUUUGUAGAGGCUUUUCUGGUUGUUGUCAUGGCAAUUGUCAACUGUCAUGGCACUGGUGGGUGUGUCUUUUAGCAUGCUAAUACAUUACAAUGAGUGUGUAAUGAGGCUUAAGGGCCACUGGAAGUCAAAUCCUCCACGUCUUGGGCUUUGCAGGUUCUAACCAGUUCUUGUCUUCUCUUUGCAGCUGCCUCCUGAGACUUAGCAUGAUGAAGUUGCUAAUGAAACCAUAGGUGAUGGUUGAACCACAAGAUGGAAGGAUCCUGGGCCUCUGAAUCACCAGAUCCUUGGCUUGCCACUCUAAAUCAAUUGGAGAAAGAGAAAAUGAAAUUCACAGAUAGUUUGGUAUGCAGACAGUGCUCUCUUUGACAUCAGUCUUGGCACUUAUCACCUCCGAAGAACAAGAGCCAGCAGAAGAGCAUGCCUUUGGUGGUGAUGCUCCUGGUAGCCCAACUCAUGAUACAUGGGAUUUUCUGUUGAGUUGGGGAGAUUUCUGUUUUAUGGCUGGGAAAAGUCAGCUGAGAAGUUUCAUGCUAUCUGUGAAGAGACUACAUGGUGUGAACUGCAGCUUCCUGACUGCUCAAUGCCAGCUGAGAGCUGGAGAAUUGGAGCGGUAAACUAAAUUACUUCCCUUGACUAGCUGGAAAAGGAAAUAGGCCAUUUUCUUGUUCUGGGAGGUAAAUAUACUUUUUGCAAUAAAAAAAAAAAAUCUGUGUCUAUUCCAAGAAAGGCUUUUUAAUCUUCAUAAGUGAUAUUUUAAGAUACAUAAGCUGAUGGCUGAAUGUGUCAACAGCC